ACACAUACCUUGGACCACCAACACCAACACCUUCAUUCUCCAUUUUCUCACAUACCCUUUUUGUAAUAGCAGCAGCUGGUUUCGUUUUCUUGCUUUAAUGGGGGAUAGCAAUGUCAAUCUUCCACCGGGGUUUCGAUUUUAUCCCACUGAUGAAGAGCUUGUAGUCCAUUUCCUUCAGAGAAAAGCAGCACUUCUACCUUGCCACCCUGAUGUCAUUCCUGAUCUUGAUCUCUACUCUUUUGAUCCAUGGGAACUUGAUGGUAGAGCUUUGGCAGAGGGGAACCAAUGGUACUAUUACAGCAGAAGGACACAAAAUAGGGUCACUGCCAAUGGUUAUUGGAAUCCAAUGGGAAUUGAAGAGGCAGUGGUUUCAAACUCAAGCAACAGGAGAGUUGGUAUCAAGAAAUUUUAUGUGUUCUAUGUUGGAGAAGCCCCUCAUGGUAACAGAACCAAUUGGAUCAUGCAAGAGUAUCGUCUUUCAGAUUCUGCAGCAUCCUCUAGCAGAUCAUCAACCAAAAGAAAAUCACAACCAAAAACAGAUCAUAGUAAAUGGGUGGUAUGUAGAGUCUAUGAAAGUGAUGAAAAUGAUGAUGAUGGUGAUGGUGAUGGAACAGAACUCUCUUGUUUGGAUGAAGUUUUCUUGUCAUUGGAUGAUCUUGAUGAAGUAAGCUUGCCAAAUUAGAUGAUGCAAAACUUUUGUUAGCAGCAUUAUUAUCCCAAAUGGGGAUAAUUAAUUAAGGCUAAAUAGCUGUUUAAUGCAAAUUUGUUAGUACUUAAUGUAGUUAAGUUUGUUUUUUUGUAUUUAGCUUUAGCAGUGUAGCUGCAGAAAUUGCAAUCAAAAAGUGUUUUAAACUUUUAAUUAAGUUGCCAGAGCUAGAAGAUUUUCUAUAGCAACCCUUGAAGUUGGGGCACUAGCUAGGUGAAAUUUAUGGCCAAGCAAUAUGCAUUGUGACGUUAUGCUUUCAAAUAUACCAUUGAAACUUACUUGCUUA